UUGAUUUAACGUGUAUUUUUUUUUGUAUGAGACGCUGAAGUUUGCUGGAAAGACGCCAGCGGUGGGAGAAGUAGCGGUCUACAUCCAAGCAGGAUCCCGGGGAGAGGGCGACAGCAGCGGGUCAAUUGGCAAGCUGCAAAAAUCAGCUGGUGCAUCCGGAGAUAUGGCUGCCAAUCGGAUCAUCAGAGCAAACAACAAUAGCCAUGUCCUGCCACGCUGCAAGUCCGAAGGAACCCUCAUUGAUGUGAGCGAAGGGGUCAGCAGCGCCAGCCUCAACAAUGUCAAAGUGCCUUCUCCAAGUGCCUUAAAGCUUGACACUUCCUCGGCCCUGGGAGCUGUACAGGAAGUAGUUGCCAUAAAGGAUUACUGUCCAAGCAGCUUCACCACAUUGAAGUUCUCCAAAGGCGAUCGGCUUUUUGUGCUGGACACUUCUGGUGGAGAGUGGUGGUAUGCUCACAACAACACAGAAAUGGGCUACAUCCCAGCAACCUACGUACAGCCUAUUCAUUUCCGAAGCUCAACUCUAAGUGACAGUGGCAUGAUUGAUGGUUUUGGAGAAGACAAUGAUGAAGGGUUGAAGGAGUUCGGAGAAUGGACCAAUGGUGUAACUCUGAAACCCGCAGCCAUUUGCAGUCCUUUCUCCAUAAAUCCUUUCAAAAGUCAAAUGGAUCAAAAUGGCAAAGGUAUUAGGAACUCUACCGAUCUUAUUCUAUUUGAAAACCCUCCAUCAAGCAUUUCUAGCUUUAACACCAGCACAGUUCCAAAUGGAUUCAACCACUGUCACUACACCAGCACCCCUGUCACAAGUCCAACCCAAGACAUCACUUCAGAUUUCAACCGGAAUAACCCUUUUUUGCGGAGUAAGCGUUCCCACAGCCUUUCCGAACUUUCCAUCUUGCAGGCACAGUCCAAUCCUUCUCUACCAUCUUCUGGAUUCUUUACUGGUCUCAAAGCACCUUUACCAGAGCAGUUUCAGAGUCGGGAGGACUUCAGGACUGCUUGGUUGAACCAUAGAAAACUAGCCAGGUCUUGCCAUGACCUUGAUUCUUUGGGUCAAAGUCCUGGUUGGGGUCAAACACAACCUGUAGAAACCAAUAUUGUGUGCAGACUUGAUAGUAAUGGUGGGGUUGUUCAACUUCCAGACACCAAUAUCAGUGUCCACAUUCCAGAAGGUCACGUAAGUUCCGGAGACUACCAGCAGAUUUCCAUGAAGGCCUUGCUAGAUCCACCCUUGGAGCUGAACGGUGACCACUGCUCCACUGUCAGUCCCGUUGUGGAGAUUAAGCUUAGCAACAUGGAGAUCAAGUCAUUUAUCACCCUCGAAAUUAAAGUAUCUGUUUCCAUUAAGAAGAGCAGCAUUCACGAGGCAAAAGUGGUGUGUGUUAGGAGCGACUGCAAGGAAGGACCUUAUACUCCAAUCCCCAAUGCUUACAUCUACAAUGAUACCGUCCAAGUCCAAAUAGACAGUUUGGAACCUUGCAUGUACGUGGCAGUGGUGGUCCGAUCGGUAAAUAUUAGACCAAAUUCAACCGUUUGGGACCAUGUACAAAGGAAGGUAACUCUAGGAUUGUAUGGACCUAAACACAUCCAUCCAACUUUUAGGAUAGUAGUAGCAAUGUUUGGACAUGACUGCACACCUAAGAACUUGUUGGUGAAUGAGGUUGGUCGCCAAGCAUGCUCUACACCACCUGUCUCCCUACAGCUAUGGGGUAAGCACCAGUUUGUUCUUGGGUAUCCUCAGGACCUUAAGGUAGGACUGUACUCCAACAUGUCUAACUAUCAAGUGAAGACGGCGGAGGGGGGUGGCAUUAUCCAAGGAUUCCAGGUGAAAUUUGGGAAAGUCAACCGGCUCCUCUAUAGAAUCUCCGCUCUAGAUCCCAGCAGUAUUUUUGACUUUACCCUUAGAGUACAGGUCAAGGAUGCACUGGACUGUAUUCUUACCCAAUUUUGUGUCCAAACUCCACAACCGCCACCUACAACUGCAUCAAGAAACACUGGUGCUAGGAGAUUUUUGAAAAAAAAAGAGGUAGAUAAAAUUGUUCUUUCACCUCUCGCAGUCACAUCCAAGUUCCCCAAAUUCCAAGACCGCUGUAUUACUAAUUUGAAAUUUGGCAAAUUAAUCAAGACGGUUGUCAGGCAGCAUAAGAGCACUUACUUAUUGGAAUACAAAAAGGGGGACAUUGUGGCAUUGCUUAGUGAGGAAAAAAUCAAACUAAAAGGACACAUGCGGACGAAGGAGUGGUACAUUGGAUAUUAUCAAGGAAAGAUAGGUCUUGUGCACGCCAAGAAUGUACUAGUUCUCGGGAAAGUCAAGCCUAUUCACUGGACUGGCCCAGAUCUCACCACCACACUGUUACUAGAGCAAAUCUUGAAGCCUUGCAAGUUCCUUACCUAUAUAUAUGCUUCAGUGAGGACAGUUUUGAUGGAGAACGUUGCCAACUGGAAGGCCUUUGCGGACGCACUAGGAUAUGGGAACCUACCACUACAUUAUUUUUGUCGAACUGAGUUGGACAGCGAGCCAGAGAAGGUGGCAUCUGUUCUGGAGAAGCUGAAGGAGGAGUGUACCAACAUGGACAGCAAGGAGAGGAAGUCCUUCCAGCGAGAGCUUAUGAUGGCUCUGUUGAAGAUGGACUGCCAGGGCCUGGUUGCCAGAUUGGUGCUGGACUUUGUGUUGCUGACCACUGCAGUUGAGGUGGCAUGCCGUUGGAGGGAGCUAGCUGACAAACUGGCUAGAGUGUCCAGGCAACAGAUGGAUGCAUACGAGGCGCCGCACCGGGACAAAAACGGCCUACUUGACAAUGAGUCUAUGUGGAAGCCAGCAUAUGAUUUCCUGCUGACAUGGGCAGCUCAGAUCGGGGACAGUUACAGAGAUGUGAUCCAGGAGCUCCACACGGGACUGGACCGCAUGAGGAACCCCAUCACCCGCAAAUGGAGACACCUGACUGGGACACUCAUCCUAGUCAACUGCCUGGACUCACUACGGAGCAGCGCAUUCUGUCCCAGCGGCUAUGGGGACUACGCUAUUUAGCUGUUGGAUUUUCUCAUAUUCAAAAGAAUCAUUUAUAAAUGGUGACAAGGGUCAACCACAGCAAUAUGUCACAGUUCUACCCUGCUACCAUUUUACUUACACACUACAGUAUUAUAGGAAGCUGUGAUGUCAUCAAUGUAACACAUUUAUACACAAUAUUAGGUACACCUGCCAGUGGUUCUGAAAUACUACAUAAUUAACAGCAAUUCUGAUAUGUGCAUUUAAAAGUAUUCUUAGUGACUAUUGCUCAGUGCCUUGUAAUUUCUUACUAAAGUAAAUCGUACCUUAACAGAAACAAAAAAAAAAUGGUACUAAUUGUAAUAAUAUUAAAAAUAAAUAACUGAAAAAUGUAUAAAAGUAUAAAGUAUUAUAUUGCGAAUAUGAUGUUCACAAAUGCAAAAAGCGCUUUUACCUUCUGCAGGUUUUUUACAAACAAAAUAGUCUGUAUUGACCCUAAAAUAGACUGAAGUACGUCUAUCAGUGUUGCCAUGUUUGUUUUGGUACACCUGGGUGCUGGGCAGCUUCACCACAAUCCUCACUGCUGCUCUAUGAUUGCUCCGCCCACCCGAUUAACCUUACAGCGGGAAUAUGUGCAAGGUUAAUAAUGCACUAAAGUUUCAUAAAGGUGCUGAAAUGUAUUUAUAUUGGACAUUUU